AGUCACCACCGUUGUACACAUAUAGACAGCCUCCACUGACCAUAGCAUCAUCAAAUAUAAGUUCACGUCCCCGUCUCCAUUUUCUGUCCUUAGCAAUCUCGAUCGCAAUAACAACACAACUUCCGUGUGAGCUCACGCUUGGCACACCCCAACAUAUACCGACAGCCCAUUAUCAAAAUGGCAAAACGGAGGUGUCCACAGAACCCACAUCAAGUUGGUGUAUGCGGCUGCCCUUCGUUCUGGAGGUAUCUGAAAGCCAAACCCACGCCCGACAACAGAACUGUGUCUUCUUCAGCUACGAAGCGUUCGUCUGCAGCUCUCAUCAUCAUCGACGGCGAGCCGGACUACGACAAUGCCUCGCAGAAGCGACAAAAGCGCGAAGAUAGUGUAGUCACCCAGACUAGUGUGAUUGGUCUCUCGCCAUCGGAGUCUUCGGCGUACAUGGCCAACAAACUCGUGGUUGGAGAGUCUGAUAGGAAGAUGCAACAAGCCAAGGAGGCAGCAAAGUGCGCUCUGAAGAGUCGCUGGAUGAAGAAAGAGACAUCGAAGAAGAUCGAGCCGGUACGGAUUUUGGUUGACUAUGGUCUACCUGCUGAUUCUGAGAGGUUGGAUUGGGACACGGACGAAGUUCGUCGGAUGAUCGGGGAGAUUGCAUGAUAGAGGCUAUGAUCGAUGGGAUUGGACUACGAUGACAGGCAUGGAGGACUUGACCCGAAAUGAAGCGGUGACAAAGGUCAUGAAACAAUAAUGCAUAUACAAUCUAGUAUGUGGGUAUAGGUACUGCCUAGCGGAGAUUUUGCGAAGAGUAUGCACGGAUAUGAGAGUCGUAACCGUCAUAAAUACAUCCAGCUGUCACCAAAUGUACGGCUAAGAUUAAGUCAGUAACUAA